ACACAGACAGCAACAGCAGAUGAAGCAGCACGCACACAUUCACUCCCUCCCUCUUUCUCUCUCUCUCUCUCUCUCUCUCUUCCUCUUCCUCUUUCUCUCUCUCUCUCUCUCUCACAUAGACACGCUGGGAGGAGAGUGCUGAGCUGGGAACCUCGCGGCUGAUUUCUUGAUGCCCAGAAGAGAGACAGAGACAGACAGAUACACAUUGCUCCUGUGUGUUUGAGCGCAGAUGAGUGGGCACGUGUGCGUGUGGGGGUGUGAGUGAGUGAGUGAGUGAGUGAGUGAGUGAGUGUGUGAGUGAGUGAGUGUGUGAUUGAGUGAGCGCAGCUUGAAGAGGACUGUUGGUACACACACACAGCCUCAACGCAGCCAGGAAAGGAGGCGGCAGACGGUGAUUGGCAUGUCGCUCUCUGCUUCUGAUGCCAGGCACUGAGGGGAUCCUUUCACUCGUACACACAUACACACACUUACAGACACACAUACAGAAACACUUCCUCCCGUGUAUAGAAACGGUGGGACAACUUAUGGGCAGAGCGGAGACAGCAGGGAAGAACGGAAGCCUCACUCAUACACAACAACAACAACAUCAACAACAACAUCAACAUCAACGCUGAGCUGAUGAAGGAGCAACAGCAACGCUUCAGCCCUGGGUCAGUGGUGCGGUGAUCCGCUCCGACUGAGUAGGCCCUGAGCAGCGUGUGCCAGGGAUGGUGGGCACAGCGAGGCUGGCCUGGUCUCCGGCGAUGGCGACAUCGCUGGCGGCGACCGUCCUUCCUCCGCUGCUGCUACUGCUGCUCCUAGCGGCCGCCCCCUCGUGCCAGGGCUGCCCACCGCGUUGCGAGUGCGCCGCCCAGCUGCGCUCCGUGUCAUGCCAGCGCCGGCGCCUGUCCGGCGUGCCCGAGGGCAUCCCGACGGAAACUCGGAUGCUGGACCUCAGCCGCAACCGCCUGCGCUGGGUGGCGCCAGGCGAGCUGGCACCCUACCCGCGGCUGGAGGAGCUGGACCUGAGCGAAAACCUGAUCACUACCCUGGAGCCCAACGCCUUCGCCAGCCUGCAGAACCUGCGCGUGCUGCGUCUGCGUGCCAACCAGCUCAAGCUGGUGCCCAUGGGCGCCUUCGCCAAGCUGGGCAACCUCACCACGCUGGACCUGAGCGAGAACAAGAUCGUCAUCCUGCUGGACUACACCUUCCAGGAUCUGCACAGCCUACGCAACCUGGAGGUGGGUGACAAUGACUUGGUCUACAUCUCCCAUAAGGCGUUCACUGGCCUCGUGGCAUUGGAGGACCUGACCAUCGCCCGGUGCAACCUGACGUCCAUCUCGGGCCAGACGCUCUCCUACCUGCGCAGCCUGGUGACCCUGCGCCUGCGUCACCUGAGCAUCACGGCCCUGGAAGACCAGAACUUCCGCAAGCUGUCGGCGCUGCGUGGCCUGGAGAUCGACAGCUGGCCCUACCUGGAGUACAUCUCGCCGCUCAGCUUCCAGGGUCUCAACCUGUCCUGGCUGUCCAUCACCAACACCAACAUCACGAGCGUGCCCUCGGCCUCCUUCCGCAACAUGGUCUACCUGACCGCACUCAACCUCUCCUACAACCCCAUCCAGACGCUGGAGCCCUGGGCCUUCCGCGAACUCCUGCGGCUCAAGGAGCUGCACAUGGUCAGCACGGGCCUGCUGACGGUGGAGCCGCACGCGCUGGCCGGCCUGAGGCAGCUGCGGCUGCUCAACCUGUCGUCCAACGAGCUGGUGACGCUGGAGGAGGGCGCCUUCCACUCGGUCAACAGCCUGGAGACGCUGCGCGUGGACGGCAACCCGCUGGCGUGCGACUGCCGCCUGCUGUGGAUCCUGCAGCGCCGGCGCACGCUCAACUUUGACGGCCGCGCGCCGGUCUGCGCCGGCCCCUCCGAGGUGCGCGGCACGGUGCUGAGCAGCUUUGCUGACUCGGCGCUCUUCGACUACUUCACGUGCCAGAAGCCGCGCAUACGCAACCGCAAGCUGCAGCAGGUGACGGCGCGCGAGGGCCAGCCCGUGUCCUUCCUGUGCCACGCCGAGGGCGAGCCGGCGCCCGCCAUCAUCUGGAUCUCGCCGCAGCGCCGCCGCAUCGCGUCCAGGAGCGGAGCGGCCGGCGGCGGAGGUGGCCGCGUCGUGGUGCUGCCCGGCGGCACGCUGGAGAUCCGCUACGCGCAGGUGACCGACAGCGGCACCUACAUCUGCAUCGCCAGCAACGCCGGCGGCAACGACACCUACUUUGCCACGCUGACCGUACGCGGCGGCGGCAUGGGCAUGGGCGGCGGCCUGGGCGGCAUGCCGGCCCUGGACGCGGCGCUCUUUGCCAACCGCUCGCUCUAUUACUCCAGCGAGCUCAACGACACCAGCUUCAACGGCACGCGUGUCUUCCUCAAGUUCACGCUGGACCUCACCACCAUCCUGGUGUCCACUGCCAUGGGCUGCAUCACCUUCCUGGGCGUGGUGCUCUUCUGCUUCCUGCUGCUGUUCGUGUGGAGCCGCGGCCGCGGUCAACGGCGGAACAACUUCACCGUGGAGUACUCCUUCCGCAAGGGUGAUGGCGGAGCCACCAGUGGCGGACAGGGAGGGGCUCGCAAGUUCAACAUGAAGAUGAUAUGAAACAACGCAGCCAGGGGCCCUACGGGAGAUGCCUGAAGACACCCAACACACACACACACAGCGCUCAGAGAGAAAAAGAAAGAAAGAAAGAAAGAAGGAAAAAAAGAAAGAAAAAAAGAUAGUGUUAAAAAAAACAAAGUAAAAUCUUUCUAUUCGAUCUUUCUUUCUUCUGUAGCAGAUUGGUAAUGGUUAGAUGACCUUGAUCUCACUGUCUCUUGGUUUGAUUUGUUCCCUCUCAGCUUGUGGUAUGAGUGCAGAUUUAACACAGCGAUAAAGCCACACUGUUUUUUUUUUUUGUCCUCUCCAUAGCCUUCUGAGUGCUGCCUCGCCAUUCUUCAAGAUAAAGGCUUUAAUGAAAAACAAAGUGAAAGACAGGAACAUCUCAGUAAUCUUUCAAUCGCUGCCUCGUGGUGCUGUGAGGCAUUGGCAGCCUUGUUCCUCCUCACCAUUUUUUUUACCAUCAGAGGGGUACAAAAUAAAUACCCAAUUCUCUAGCAACAGAAUGUUCUGGUGGUGAUGAAGAGCUCAGGGUUUAGGACCAUAAUGAGAUAGAGGCACAGGGCUGCCAAUCAAACACAGCAACCACUCCCUGAUUAUCUGUAGAGAGAGCUAGAGCUUGGAACCUGCAUGUAAAAUGGAAACUUUAGGCUUUAAAUAAAUGCUUAUGUUUAAUAUUAAUAAGAUUUAAUCAAUCAAAUUUCAGUGAUUAAAUUGCAGUGUUCCUACUGACCCACUGAAUACUUUUCAUGAAUAGAAUAUUUCAGAAAUGACUUCCUCUUCAAGAUAUAUGCCACAGCUGAAUAAAGACAAACAGAGAGACAGUUUUGAGACAAGGCCCAAAAAAUUGGGGACAGACAAGAGGGAAAAAAAUCUGAUCAAAAGGCAACUGAACCAUUCAGCACUCUGUUUGAUUCCAAAAAGAAAAUUGGGUCAUCCACCUGCGGUCAAGCGCUGCUGAAAAGCAAUCGAUUUGAGACAGGAAAAAGGGCGGGAAAAAAUGAAAGGCAAACGUUGAGUCACUCUGUUUGCCUGGAUGAGAUUGGCACACUCGAGAAUGUGUAUGUGUGCCUCUCUCCCCCACCACCACCACUGCUGCUACUGAUACUGAGAGCUGUGUGAGUUGGGACAUGCACACUGGCCGCACGUGUUACAUAGAGACAGAGGGAGGUGGGGAGCAGCACGGGAGAGAGGCCUGGGUGGUGUGGUUAUGGAUGUUAAGCCUGACCCAUGACACCCCCCCCCCCUCCCAGCCCUCUCACUGUGCUGCCCAUUACCACCUCCCUCCCUCACAUGUUUAUGGGAUGCCCAGCAUAGUGGACGUUUAGAGGAGGAGGUUUGGGGAGUGGACGGGGAGAAGGUAAGUAAUUAUACUCACUCUCUCUCGUGACACACUCUCCUCCAGACCGCCUCCUCUGCUGCUGGGCUAGCCCUGACCACCAGCUAGCCUUCAUGGGGGGAGGCAGCAUGUUAGUCAGGGACUAAAUGUUCACACAAACACACACACGCACGCAGAUACACAUACCCAUAUAGACACACACACAAACACACACUUUGACUCCUGGCCACGUCGAGAAGGUGACCGGUCUAAGCCAUAAUGUAUGCUUUAGGAGGAACAGGAGCAGGACACAGAUAAAAGCUAUCACUUCAGGGACCAUUUAAUUGGGUCAGAACAUGGUGCUGGGUGCACACAGAGGGGCCCAACAUUCACACAGGAGUUUUUAAUGCUGCAUGCAGCCACUUUAGUUUGACCUCAACUUGACCUCCACUCCACAGUGCAUUUCAUAAACACGCCGCUCUGCUGAACACUGAAUGUUAAUGCAGCAAAGUCGCUCAUAUUAAGGGUUAUUAUUCCUGCCCAACUAAACAUGCAGUGGCUUAGUUCACACACACACACACACACACAUACACACACACACACACACACAGACACACACUCUCACACACACACACACACACACACACAUUCAAUUCAGCACCAACAGACAGGCACGUCUCACCCUACAUUACCACAUUGUCUCCAUGGCGGCCAGUGUGUGAAGAGAGUCUUUGCUUCUCCUGCCCAGUUCUUUCCCCCCCAGACUUCCCGUACCCUAUUUCCCCAACUGGGUCUCGUGACGAGGGAGGGGUCCCUGGCUGGUGACUUCGACUGUAAAUGACUAAAUUGUGAUGUGUCCACCCAUCCCAUUUGUGUAUUUGACUGUAAAAGGUAUCCUCCUUUUGUUGCUUUUAAAAAUACUUUUGUUGCUUUUAAAAAUACUUACCCUGUAAUCUACAUUUUUGCUUAGUUUAGACUAUUAUUUUACCUCUUUUUUUCUUUGAGUGCUUUUAUUGUGUUUACUUUGUUGACAUGUCACAUCAACUUGGCAGAAAUAAAAACAU